AUGCCUGGUACUGUUGUAGUCCUUAGGACGAGUCCUGUUCGUGUUGGUGCACAGCUGGACGAGUCUCAAACUUAUUUUCACAGACUAUUCUGGACGUUUCCACCAUGUAUCGAGGCAUUCCGUCAUUGCAAGCCCCUAGUUAGUAUUGACGACACCCAUCUCUAUGGCAAGUAUGAGGGAACGUUGCUUGUCGCGAUUGCACAGGACGGAAACUCCAACAUACUCCCUGUGGCAUUCGCAUUAGUCGAGGGUGAGAAUGCUGAGUCGUGGGCCUUCUUUCUCUCCCACCUGCGUGAGCAUGUGACACCGCAGCCGGGUCUGCUGGUUAUAUCGGACAGGCAUAACGGCAUCAAGGCCGCGCUUGAGGCUCCUGACGGAGGAUGGUUACCUCCGUCUGCAUACCGGGCAUUCUGCAUUCGACAUGUAGCGGUAACUUUUGUCCUAACCUUCAAGGGCAAAGACACAAGGAGGCUACUUGUGAAUGCGGCGUACGCUAAGACCGAGGUCGAGUUCCAUUACUGGUUUGAUAUUCUGAGGUCCGAAGACCCAGCGAUGUGUGAAUGGGCGAACCGGAUUGAGUAUUCAUUGUGGACACAACAUUGUGAUGAGGGGCGUAGAUUCAGACACAUGACGACGAAUAUCUCUGAGUGUGUGAACUCAAUCCUUAAGGGUGUCAGAAACCUUCUUAUGUGCUCGCUAGUGAAGGCAACAUACGGAAGGGAUAACUCUGAGUUCACCGUCGCAGAGACGACUCCUACUGGUUCUUUCUCAUUGAGUAGCUACAGAGUCUCGCUUGCAUCUCAGACAUGUGACUGCGGAUACUUCCAAGCACUUCAUUUCCCGUGUCCCCACGCACUGGCAUGCUGUGCCUACUCACGACUUACAUGGGAGCCUUACGUCCACCAGGUGUAUCGUCUUAGUUCGGUAUUCAGUGUGUAUCGGAUGGGUUUCACACCUCCCAUUCUGGAGGGUUUCUGGCCACUAUAUGACGGGCAGACUGUCAUCCCAGACCCGAAUAAGAGGCGUGCGAGAGAGGGUCGUCCGAGGUCCACUCGGAUACGGACCAAUAUAGACGAGGCAGACUCGAACCGGCCAAAGAGAUGUGGGCUUUGUCGGCAGUCCGGCCACACAUGUCGGAGUUGCCCAUAG